AUGCGUGCUCCUGCUCCAUUGCAUCUACGCCUGCCGAAGAGAAAUCUGUCGUUCGCUCGCCCUUCCUUGCGAUUGUCGUCGGCAUUUCAACAAAGGAGGACAUUUUGUGUCUCCGAAAGGCUGGAUGUCAAGAUGAACCAAUUUUCCACGCCGACUCAACCGCCAGCAAACUUCCCAACAUUCACCCCAGACCAGCUGUCCACGAAACGGGAAUACUUUCCUUUCAUUGCGAGCACUAUCAGAAGUAGACCUUUCUGCGGGCUACCCGUUUUUCGUCUAAGUUAUGGGGAUGAUGGACUUUGGGAUUCAUACAUGAAAACUCUUUACGAGGAAACGCAUACAUCUUCGCUCCGGGCUGACCAAGAAUACCUGUUUCCCUACUUCUUUUGCCCUAUCUUUUCAGAUUCUCCUCUGCAAGACGCCUCUCAUGACACGAUCCGUGCAAAGUUCACUAACUGGGCGUUAGAUACCCGCGAUCCUACAGUUAAAACACUAUUAUCGGAGGACGGCUUUGACGAUUUCUCUCGGACUAUGGGAAUUACUGUGAAGUAUGGUACUAAGCCUAUGCCUGUCCGCCUAGAGUAUAACCUUACCGACAAGAUGGGUAUUGGAAAUUGUGAACUCGACUGCAACUUACUUAGCUACUCUCACAGGGAGUGCCUCUGUAUCAAGUGCCAGCUUAACGACGAUAUCUUCUUCUAUAUGCCACCAGGUGGAUGGACAAUAACCUCCGAGGGCGUUGCGGUAACUACUACUGUUACUACUGUUCCUACCAACGCUGUGACAACUUCGAAUCAAGAUUAUAGCAAAUGGUAUACACUACUCGGCCACAAAAACAAUACUGCAACUGCUACCAAAGCUAUCAAGAGUACUCCCAUUUCUGCAGCCGCCUCAGCUUCUAUUACUAUGGAACCGGGCUACAUAUCGACUUGUGACAAGUACUACAAGGUCGUCAGCGGGGAAUCGUGCUACAGUAUUGCCCAAACGUAUCGAAUCACUCUUGAUGAGUUCUAUACCUGGAAUCCGGAUAUAGGUGAUGAUUGUUCUGGUCUUUGGUUAGGUUAUGGAGUGUGUGUGGGUAUUUCUUCGACUACAAGCAGUAUUACUGCAAGUGCAACAAGCUCGUAG